CCGUGUUUAUUACAUGUAGUUCUUGUCAUAUUAUAUAUCUUAUUAACGACGUUACCGAUCAAUACGAAUUCUCUUACGGGUGAUUUGGUUGAACCUAUUGAUAAACCUUUUGUAGAAAAUUAUGAAAACAAAGAGUUAAAUUUCAUAACCGUUGGUGAUUGGGGUUAUGAAGGGACUGAACCAGGUCAAACAGUUACAAAUCAAUAUAAAGUAGCUAAGGCUAUGGAAGCAUGGGCUCAAUAUUAUCAUGAUGAUUUUGUUUUAAAUACCGGUGAUAAUUUUUAUAUUAGUUAUGUUGGAGAUCACGAAGGGGUUACAAGUGUAGAUGAUCCAAAAUGGAAUAGAAUAUGGAAAGGUGUAUAUAAAGGAAGAUUAGCUGAAAUCCCUUGGUAUACUAUAGCAGGAAACCAUGAUUGGUAUAAUAAUAUUACGGCUCAAGUUGAUUAUAGUUUAAAUUAUGAUUCUCGUUUCUUUUUACCAUCAACAUAUUAUGUUCGUGAAUCAUACAUUGGUCCAGAUAAAACGAAAAUUGCAUGGAUUCAUAUUGAUACAGAUAUUUUCUAUUAUAAUUCGACAGAUCUUGAAGAAACAGAAAAAAUACCUUUGAAACAACAAUUGAAAAAAUUUGGAUGGGAUAGUUUACAAGCAAAGGAAGAUAAAUUAAAAUGGAUAGAAGAUAGAUUAGUUGAACAACAAAAUUCAAAAUGGAUAAUCGUUGUUGGUCAUCAUCCUCUUGUUGGUUUGUGUGCAAUGCAAUAUUAUAUGGUAAGGUUGAGACCGCUUUUCGAAAAAUAUCGUGUAGCGGCUUAUUUCUCAGGACAUGCACAUACUUUACAAUUAGAAUUGGCAAAACUUGGUCAACCUGUUACAUACUUCUUGUCAGGAGCUGGUAGUAGAAUGGAAGAAAGGUGUCCUGGACAAGAUUGGGGUGUACCAGAUAAAGUAUUGGGAUUCUUACAUACUACUAUAAAUGAUACUGUAAUGACCUAUGAAUAUGUUGAUUCCACAACUCUUGAACCUAAAGUAGUUUAUAAAGGACAUGUUUAUCCUAGAUAUUAAUUAAUUUAUUCUAGAGCCUAUAUAUAAAUAUUAUAUCUUAUUUAAUCAUAAUAAAUUAUUUUUAACACAAAA